UGUAUAUAAGAUGUAAUUUGUAUGUGUAUGUGAGUUUUGUAAUUGUGUGUCUCUUUAUUACUGGCUUACUUGUAAACGAUACAUCGAAAGUAGUUAGUUGUGUUGACGACAACAACACGAACGAACGAACAGGUCCCCUUCCUUUUCGAUGAAAAUCAUUGGUAGGACCGUGAUAGGAUACACUUGCUUACUUUCUUAUAAAUGAAGGUUCCCUAUUCAUUCGGUCCUCAUUUAAACUCACCAUCCCUCGCGUGAACCCUUGGCAAUAAUUUCCUUUUUUUCUUUCUUUUUUUUUACUUACUUUCUUUCUUUCUUUCUUUUCCAUUUAUCUUUUAAAUCCCCCAUUUUCCUUUUUUCUUUCUUUCAUUCUUGUUUCUUCCUCCUUACACAUUUAUUAAUCAACGAAGUAUUAAUAUUAUUAUUUUGUCGAAGAUUAGAUGGUGUGAUUUUCUGUGCGAUGAAUAGUGUUAUUGUUCGUUGAAUUUUUAUUUUUGUUAUUAUAUAUAUAUAUAUUUAUGUUUCUAACAUAAAUUACGCGAAAAAAAGAAUAAGAAAAUUGAUUACAUGGUAUUCGCAUUUUCUGUUAUAUUCAUCCACCUUUUCAUUUCUACAAUUUUCGUCGCUAAGGACAAAAACGAUAAAAAUGUUCAGAACGACAUUAAAAAAAUUGAAAUUUUUAUAUAAACCUUACGCUUUGGCCGUAAUCUCGGUUGGAUACGUUCUCGGUGAAUUGGGACAUUACGUGAUCGGGGUUACGAGCAAGGCAACAGCUGAAGAUUUGCAUUAUGGCGAUAUUUCCUGUCAAUUUAAUUCCACAACUCUCUCGCUCAUAGAACUUCCGGUUAGAUGCGAAAAAGCACACAAUGAAACCUAUUGUCAAUCAUUAGAAUUGAAUGGUACUUCGUAUUGUGAAUGGAAUUACAAUGGCCUUGGUUUGGAUUAUCAAAUUUUGGCAGGACCAAGUUUCAUUGCCGUUUACACAGUGGUAGGAGUCCUUUUGGGCAUAGCUGCUGAUCGAUUCAAUAGGGUCAGAUUGUUAGCAAUUUGCACGUUAGUAUUUAGUUUGGCGAUCGUGUUGAUGGGAGCUGUGAAAGAAUAUUGGCAUUUAGUCGUACUUCGAAUGGUCCUUGCAGCUGGGGAAGCAGGAUGCAAUCCAUUGUCAACCGGUUUAAUUUCCGAUUGGUUUCCUGAGAAACAACGUGGUCUAGUAAUGUCCAUUUUUAAUUGGGGUAUUUAUGGCGGUUAUGGUAUUGCCUUUCCAGUUGGUCGAUAUGUUCCAUCUUUAAAUGCUUGGGAUCUGGGAUGGAGAGUAUGCUACUAUGGUGCUGGAAUUGUCGGUAUAAUUAUUGCAAUUCUUACCGGUUUGACAUUAACUGAACCAGAAAGAAAGACUAUUGGCGAAGAAAGCGAUAAAACCAAACAUAAACAAAUUUCUGUUUGGAAAGUAAUUUCUCAACCACGAAUUAUACUUUUAUGUCUUGCAGCUAGCAUCAGACAUUGCGGUGGCAUGUGUUUUGCUUACAAUUGCGAUCUUUAUUAUCGUGACUAUUUCCCGGAUCACGAUCUUGGUUGGUGGCUCUUUGCAGUAACAAUUGUAAUUGGCAGCAUCGGCGUCGUAGUUGGUGGUGUGGUCAGCGAUAAAUUCGUCGCUAAAAUGGGAAUCAGAUCGCGUGUUGCGGUAUUGGCAAUAAGCCAAUUAAUAGCAACACCCCCAGCAUUUGGAUCGGUUUACUUCGAACCACGUUGGGCUAUGUUGUCCCUCGGAAUUUCUUAUUUCUUCGCUGAGAUGUGGUUUGGUAUUGUUUUCGCAGUAGUCGUAGAAAUUGUCCCGUUGAAUAUGAGAUCCACAACGGUAGGCAUAUUUCUUUUCGUAAUGAACAAUAUCGGUGGUAAUUUACCGAUACUCGUUGAACCAACCAGAAUGGCUAUCGGUUUUCGGGAAGCUCUCUACAUUUUUUACGCUGGUUUUUACGGCAUAAGUUCCAUCAUGUUUCUUCUAACGACGUUUUUGAUGGACGGACCGGUAAAACAAGUGAAAAACGUCGAGGAUCAAGAUGGCUACGAUAAUCGUACGUUUACCAAUGACGAAGAUCAACGCAUUAAUACGACGAUGGAACUUCCAAGAUUGACAUCAAUUCGACCGCCAUUAUACGAAAAUUCACAUUUAUGAUCGUAGUUAAAUAAAAUACAAACCUCUUUUUAGGUAUUAUAAUGCCUUUAUAUAUUGAAUUUUGCAGAUGUCGCGCUUUGUUAAACGAUACGCGUCAUUUUGAUAAUGGCUUUCACAAAUAUUUUGUUUUAAUACAAUCUGCCAUCACUAUUAAUUAUCCCAAUUUGUAGAAUUAUGCAAAUUAUGGUCACAUUACGCGUGUUACUUCUUUGAAUUCUACUUUUUUUUCUUAUUACAAAUUUAUUACACAAUGUGAAAAAAUGGCGUUUCUAAGAAGUUUAUGAAGAAACACUUCGUUCGUAAGAAAAACAAAAAUAUAAUUAGCGAUUAAUUUUGCAUUUGUUUAUUUAAAAACUCGAAUUAUACGAAACGGCAUUGUACUUAAUUAUGUAAAAUAUCGAAGAAAGUAAACUUAACAUUUAAGAAAGUAAUUUUUAGGAUGUUAAAUAUUAAACUAAUAUCAACUCGACAACGUGAAUUAAGGAAAAAUUUAUGUUUCAGAGAAUAAUCAGAAUCAUGAUGUAUCUAAUGAAAAAAAAAAAAAAAUAAAAUAAAGGAAGAUUGUUGUCUUUUGUUAUUGUUGUUGAGGAACAAAGGAUCUCACUUUGUACGUUAUAGGCUCUCUUUUUACUCUUUCUUUUUAUUGACAAAGUCACAUAAAUUAGUUUCACAUCGAGCGUCGAUAAAUUUUCUAUAUAUAUAUAAUUAUAUCAUUAUUAUUAUUAUUACUAUUAAUUACUAUUAAUCAUUAUUAUUAUUUUAUUAUCACAUUGUUAAGACGAUAAUAACAACGCCCAAAAAUUGAAUUUCGGGGCUACAUAAAAAUGAGGAAGACAUAAAAAAAAAAAGAAAAGAAAGUAACACGAUGUAAAAAUGUUAAAAAAUUAACGCGAUUAAAUGGAAUUACGUUAAAGAAAAUUGAAUAGAUUAUUAUGAUUUUGAAGAUUAUAGAAGAAAAAAAAUUAAAAAAAAAAAAGAAGCUAAUAAGUAUAAUAAUUGAAGUUACAGAUCGAUAUAACGAAUCAAACGUUAGAAUCGAAACGAAGAAAAAAAGUAAAAAUAGCUGCGUUUUUUAUUCGAUC